AUGGCUCCUGCAGUCCGUCGACCAGUCCGCGUUGGCGGUGCCUCAGGCGGCUUCUCCGAUCGCGUCCGAGCAAUCGCAUCUCUGGCGAAAGACGAUGUCGAUGUCAUAGUAGGAGACUGGCUCUCCGAGAUGACAAUGACCAUGCAUGGCACCGGAAAGCUCAGGAAUAAAGAGCAAAUGCUCCAAGCGCGUUCUUUCGAAGAGAAGCUCAACUAUGCCAUGUUUGCUGAGAACUUCAUGGACUGCUUUACUCCCGCGAUUCAGGAUGUUGCAACCCGCGGCAUCAAAGUUUGUGUCAAUGCCGGCGCAUCGGACACGGAGCUGCUGGCUCAACUUGUGGAUAAGACAUGCAAGGAGGCUGGUUACCCAUUGAAAAUAGCUUGGAUCGAAGGCGACGAUGUUACAGGCACUGUCAAGAGCAUGUUGGACAAAGGCGAGGGGUUCAAGAGCUUGAUGCAUGAUAAGUCGGUGGCCGAAUGGGGAUUGGAACCUGUUUGCGCUCAAUGCUAUCUUGGUGGUUUGGGCAUCGCGAGAGCACUAACCGAAGGUGCUGACAUUGUCAUCGCGGGUCGGGUCUCAGAUGCUUCACCCAUCAUUGGCGCUGCAGCUUGGUGGCAUGAGUGGACAAAUGAUCAGUUCAACGAAUUGGCUGGCUCUCUUGUGAUUGGUCAUCUUCUCGAGUGCGCCGCGUAUGUAUCCGGGGGCUACUGCUCAGACUUUCGUAGUCUGCUGGCACAAGGCAAGCACAUCAACAUGGGCUUCCCUAUUUGUGCCAUCGACAACAAAGGGGAGGGUGUAAUGUACAAGGAGAAGAACACCGGCGGCUGCAUGACUGUCAACUCUGUGACUUCUCAACUUCUCUACGAAAUUCAAGGCCCGCUAUACUACAAUUGUGACGUGACAGCCGACUUGACAGAUAUCAAGAUUGAGCAGAUUGGCGAAGACCAAGUCAAAGUAUCCGGCGUCAAAGGCCUCCCACCGCCGCCGACAACCAAAGUCGGCCUAACAGGCUUCGCCGGGUGGCAGGCCGAAUACCACAUCUACCUUGUCGGACUCCACAUCGAAGAGAAAUGCAAGUGGAUUGAAGAGCAAAUCCGAUACGAACUCGGUCCCGAGCUGAUCAAAAAGUUUGACGUCCUCAAGUUCAUGCAAAACGGCUCCUCAGUCAUCGACUGCCGCAACCAAGACGUUGCGACAGUGGAUUUCCGCGUCUUUGCUCAAUCCAAGGAUAGAGAGCUGCUCAAUAUGCGUAAUCCCAAGGGCUUCUUCCGCAUAUCCAUGGUCAACUUCUUGAUGUCCUGUCCUGGUGCCUCGUUAGGUAACGACGUCCGACAGGCAGAGGGCAAACCAUACUACGAGUACCAUCCCUCUCUCCUCCCCCAAUCCGCGGUAAAGCAACGUGUCCAUUGUAUCUGGGACGGCGAAACAUCAUCUGGCUUCCAAGACGGCAAGAAAACACUAGACAUUCCCCUCGCACCCACAUUCCAGGAGUACUCCCGCCAACAACCCUCAUAUGAGACACACUCCCCCAUACCACUUACGCACUUUGGUCCUACCGUACGCCUCCCUCUCGGGUCCAUCGUUCUCGGCCGCUCUGGCGACAAGUGUUCAGACGCCAAUGUCGGGUUCUUUGUGCGUCACGAUGAUGAAUGGGAGUGGCUGCGCAGUUUUCUUACCAUCGAUAAGAUCAAAGAAUUACUCGGUCCUGAGGAGUACAAAGGGAAAAAAGUUGAUCGGUUUGAAAUGAAGAAUAUAAGGGCUGUGCAUUUCUUGUUACAUGACCACUUGGACCGUGGGUAUGAUGCUUGCAGUACGUAUGAUACGCUGGGGAAGAACGUUUGUGAGUAUUUGAGGGCGAGGAGUGUGGAUUUGCCGGUAAGGUUUGUUGAGAGGGGGGUGUUGUAG